CGUUCUUCAUUCUUGUAAAAUGAUAUUAACACAAUGAUUCUAUUUACAACUAUAAUGUGUAAGUAUUGCUGAAGGGUGGUACUACAGGAUUCCACUUGGUAGACUAACCGUUACACAUUCGGCACCAACGGAUACAGGGACUCUAUUUAUCCACCAUGGAUAGAUCAGUGAAUGUUGCGUCGGAAGACGUAAUAAAGUUGAUCCUUCAAUACCUCAAGGAGAAUAAGCUAAACAAGUCCCUGAUGAUGCUGCAAGAAGAAAGUGGUAUAUCACUGAAAUGUGUACCAAGCGUGGAUUCCCUGAUAGCUGAUGUACACAUGGGACGGUGGAACCGUGUUUUGGAUGUCGUGGACACCAUGAGGCUGUCCCAGGGCACUUUGUUUAAACUAUAUGAUCAGAUAAUACGCGAAUUGGUUGACCUCAGGGAGGGUACUAUCGCCAUGGCAGUGCUGGAGAAUGCUAUACCAAUUCGUGAAAUGCAGCUAGAAGCACCUGAAACAUAUCGCAAUUUGGAAGGAAUAUGUAAAAAACGUCCAGCUGAGACGCGUGAAAUAUACGCAGCCGCCACAUCUGAUUCCGGAGGACAGCAGAGUCUGACUAAGGAUAAGAGGCGCGCCCUGGUGGCAGAGGCACUUAAAGAUGAAAUUGACAGUGUACCGCCAUCUAGACUCGUGGCAUUACUUGGAAUGGCCAUGAAAUGGCAGCAGAAUGUAGGUAUAAUAUCAGACAGUGGGCAAUUCGAUCUAUUCCGAAAUACAUCCACCUCAAGCUCUAAGGGUGACGAGCUCUGCGUCAAGGAUGUGGGCAAGAUUAUACGGUUUGCUGAGUCAUCGCACCCCGAAUGCGUAGUAUUCACACCUAGCGGGCAGUAUCUCAUAUCGGGGUCCUCUGAUGGCUUUAUUGAGGUUUGGAAUUGGCAUAGUGGCCAACUUGAUUUAGAUCUGGAAUACCAGAAAAACGAUCGCUUCAUGUUACACGACACGCUGAUCGUGAGCCUUGCGGUAAGUCGCGACUCCGAGAUCCUGGCCAGUGGUGACAAGGAUGGCAACAUAAAGAUAUGGAAGAUUGCUACCGGCGAGUGUAUGAGGAAAAUGGAUAAUGCCCAUGACGGUGCUGUGACAUGUAUGACGUUUAGCCGGAAUUCCAUGAGCCUAUUAACUGGCUCCUUUGACAAAACUGCCAAGAUCCAUGGUUUGAAAUCAGGUAGAUCCAUCAAAGAAUUUAAAGGGCACCACUCAAUAGUGAACGCAGCAAUAUACUCCUAUGACGGUAACAAGGUGAUCACAGGUUCAAGUGACGGUUACAUCAAGGUGUGGGACAGCCGAACAGGCGAUUUGUUGAAGUCCUUCCUGGCGUACACGGGUCCUGGCUCAGGAACACAGAUACCCAAUGAUUCACCACGCGCUGUGAACUGUAUUAUCGCAUUGCCUUACACGGGAACCGAUGAGCUCAUCCUUGUAUGUACUCGCUCGACUUCAUUGGUGAUAUACAAACUAAAUGGGAUAUCAGUAAGGAACUACAGUAUAGAGGAGGCCCCAAACAGUAACUUCCUUGAUGUCGCUGUGUCCCGGAAAAUGAACUGGGUGUACACAGUCGGUGAAGGUAACCAGCUCUACUGUUUCAACAAAGCAGGACCACUGGAGUACACCUUCAGGGUGCAUGAAAAAGAUGUUAUCGGCCUUGCGCAUCACCCCCAAGAUGCCGUGUUGGCUACGUGGUCACUCGAUGGUACCAUCAAGCUCCUGUAUCCCCGAUGAUGCAACUUAUAGUCUAAUUGUCACGGCUUACCGUGCUAUAGUGGUUUACACUACAUACUGGCUCCAGGAGCCACGAUGUUAGUACUUC